GCCUGGCGGGCUACAAUUCAUGGUGUUGCAGAGUAGACACCACUAGACGACUAACUUUCAUGAAGAUGAUAAAAAUGUGCCUGUCGUCAGAGGCUUAUAUUAGAUUAAAAAGGGCUAAAAUUUGAAGAACUGUGUAGAAGGUGGACUUUCAUCUGUGUGUAGGUUAGCAUACUGCUUUCUCAUUCACUCAGUAAUCCUGUGUGGACCUUCCAUACCAACUUGAAGUGCUGUUGACACUCGGCUCUAAGUUUCCUUUAUGAUAGCUAGGCUAGUUCUUUGGGCCGAGACCUUCCUGUCUUAACCAUCUCUUCGUCGCAGUGCUUCUUUUGGCUUCACACUUCCGUAGUGUCGCGGGUUCCCGCCCCCAUCCUCUGUGUGACGAAUGGAGGGCUGUCGAUAAUUCCGUGAGAGUCAGCGAGUGAUAUACAGCAUGGUGCAGAUAAUGCUUAUGACCCUGAUGUGAAUGCUAAACAGAUAUGGAUUGACAAAACAGUGAUAAAUGACUGUAUAUGCCUGACAUUCACUGAUAAUGGGAACGGUAUGACUUCAGACAAAUUACAUAAAAUGCUAAGCUUUGGCUUCAGUGAGAAAGUCACCAUGAAUGAUCAUGUCCCAGUUGGAUUGUAUGGAAAUGGCUUCAAGUCAGGUUCUAUGCGUUUGGGUAAAGAUGCAAUGGUUUUUACCAAAAAUGGAGAAAGCAUGAGCGUGGGUUUCUUGUCUCAGACGUACUUGGAAGUCAUAAAAGCAGAACAUGUUGUUGUCCCAAUCGUGGCUUUCAACAAACACCGACAGGUAUUAAAUUCAACAGAAUCAAAAGCGAGCCUUGCUGCAAUUCUGGAACAUUCUCUAUUUUCUAAGGAACAGCAGUUACUGGCAGAACUUGAUGCUAUCAUAGGCAAGAAGGGAACCAGGAUCAUCAUUUGGAAUCUCAGAAGCUACAAAAGUGCAACAGAGUUUGAUUUUGAUAAGGAUAAAUAUGACAUCAGAAUUCCAGAAGAUUUAGAUGAGACAGCAGGGAAGAAAGGGUACAAGAAGCAAGAAAGGAUGGACCAAAUAGCCCCUGAGAGUGACUAUUCCCUGAGGGCUUACUGCAGUAUAUUGUAUCUAAAGCCACGAAUGCAGAUCAUCUUGCGUGGACAGAAAGUAAAGACCCAGCUGGUUUCGAAGAGUCUUGCCUACAUUGAACGUGAUAUUUAUCGACCCAAGUUUUUAACUAAUAAAACUGUGAGAAUUACUUUUGGAUUCAAUUGCAGAAAUAAAGAUCAUUAUGGAAUAAUGAUGUAUCACAGAAAUAGACUCAUCAAAGCUUAUGAAAAAGUUGGAUGUCAGUUAAGGGCAAACAACAUGGGUGUUGGAGUAGUGGGGAUUAUAGACUGCUAUUUCCUAAAACCAACUCAUAAUAAACAAGAUUUUGAUUAUACUAAUGAAUACAGGCUAACAAUAACAGCACUGGGAGAUAAGCUCAAUGAUUACUGGAAUGAAAUGAAAGUGAAAAAACAUGCAGAAUAUCCUCUAAACUUGCCAGUUGAAGAUAUUCAGAAACGUCCUGAUCAGACAUGGGUUCAAUGUGAUUCCUGUCUAAAGUGGCGAAAAUUACCAGAUGGGAUAGAUCAACUUCCAGAAAAAUGGUAUUGCUCCAAUAACCCUGACCCACAGUUCAGAAAUUGUGAUGUUCCAGAAGAACCUGAAGAUGAAGAUGUGGUGCAUCCCACUUAUGAAAAAACCUACAAAAAGAAAGACAGGGAAAAGUUCAGGAUCAGACAACCGGAAACAGUCCCUCGGAUUCAUGCCGAACUCCUGUUUCCAAAAACCCCUGUGUCAAGUCAAACCUUUACUCCCAUUAAGGAAAGUGUUCCACGAGGACAUCUUUCAGAAGUAGCAAAUACUUACUCAACAAGGCUUAUAAACCAUCAUCGAGGUUCACCCCAAUCUGAACCUGAGAAUAACAGCCUGAAACGGAGACUCCCUACUCGCUCCUCAAUUUUGAAUGCAAAGAAUCAGAGAUUGAGUAAUCAAGUAUUCGAAAAUUCUCAUAAAGAUGAUGAUGAUGAUGAAGAUGUCAUCAUCUUAGAAGAAAAUAGCACUCCCAAGCCUGCAGGAGAUGAUGAUACUGAAGUGAAAUUGCAGCAGAGUCCCAUGGAUCAAAGUGGUGUUGACGUGGAGCCUCUGGGCGAUAAUGAACCUUGUGGCCAGACGGGUUCCACAGGCACCUCAGCAUCCCGGUGUGAUCAGGGCACCACCACAGCCACCCAGACGGAAGUGCCAAGUUUAGUCGUGAAAAAGGAGGAGACUAUUGAAGAUGAGAUAGAUGUAAGGAAUGACACGGCUGCACGGCCAGCCUGUGUGGGAACUGAAGGGAAGACGCCUGAGACCCAGGGAGCCUUGGAUAAGUCUGCUAGCGACGCCGGUUUCCAGUUAAAUGAACUAAGAAACGAACUGCUUCUAGUCACCCAAGAAAGAGAAAAUUAUAAAAGACAGUGCCACAUGUUCACUGACCAGAUCAAGGUGUUACAGCAGAGGAUACUGGAGAUGAACAACAAAUACGUGAAGAAGGAAACCUGCCAUCAGUCUACUGAAACCGAUGCUGUGUUUCUGCUGCAGAGCAUCAAUGGUGAACCCGAAAGUCCGGACCACGUGGCAUCUCAGUAUCGGCAAGCCUUGGAAGAAAUUGAAAGGCUGAAAAAGCAGUGCAGUGCUUUGCAACAUGUAAAGGCUGAAUGCACUCAGUGUUCCAGUAGUGAGAGUAAAAGUGAGGUGGAUGAAAUGGUUGUGCAGCUUGAUGAUGUAUUUAGACAGCUGGACAAAUGCAGUGUUGAGAGGGACCAGUAUAAAAGUGAGAUUGAAUUAUUGGAAGUGGAAAAAUCACAAAUCCGUUCGCAGUGUGAAGAACUGAAAGCUGAAAUCGAACAGUUAAAAUCUACAAGUGGACAAGUAGGAGCUGAUGUAUCAACUUCAAGUAACAUCGAGGAGUCUGUAAAUUACACUGAUGGGGAAAGCCUCAAACUUCGAUCUCUUCGAGUUAAUGUAGGACAGCUCCUGGCCAUGAUUGUACCUGAUCUCGAUCUUCAGCAAGUGAAUUACGAUGUUGAUGUAGUUGAUGAGAUCUUAGGACAAGUUGUGGAACAAAUGAGUGAAAUCAGUAGUACUUAAAGUGUAUUCGAGAUAAUAAAAAAUAUUUGCUCAGUCUUCUGGUUGUACAGCUUUUGAAAUGUAAACAAUUUUGUUAUAGGUAUGAUAGGUAACAGACUGAAGAACCAUAAUCUUUGCUGUAUUCUAUGCAUCAAGUGUGGACACAAAUACUGUGGACACAUUACUACACCUUUUGAAAUGCCUGUGAAUCAUUGAUAUUGAGAAGCUACACAGCUAACUCAUGAUUCUGCUUUGAAAUGUAAAUACUUAAUAAUUAAGUCUGCACAUAUUUUUUUAUCACCCUAAAGGACUCAAGUGUUUUUCACCAAGAGGAUUUCAGGUUGCCCCUAACCUUUGUGCAAUCUUUUCUGGUUACCUAAAGUGUAUUUUUCUCUGACUUGAAGGCUGUGCCAUAAUACGAAUGGAAAUGUUCCUUUGGUUUUCUUACAGAAAAGUUUAAAACAGGGUUUUUUAAAAUGGAGUAACAGUCCUGAUAAGUUUUAAGUGAAUUGAGCAUUAAUGUUUUUUUUUAUAAAUUCCUAUUUCCUGAAAUAUUUUAUUCAUGAAAAGAAAGUAAAGCAGAAACUCCAUUUUUGCCAGGAUUUUUUUUGUGUGGAGAUUGCCAAUCAUGUCAAAUGCAAAGUGUUUUUUACAGAAAAAAGUAAUGAUUUUUAGUAUAAAAAUAUCAAAAAUAGUAAAUGUCCCACAUUUACCUUGAAGCCCAUUUUUGGCUGCUUUAGUUCGCAUGGAGUGGGCACAAUGAUUGUUUAAUAUUUCUUUUUGUGAAAUUUCUUGUACAGCCUUUUGUAGAAUUACUACAGGUUAAUAGGAGUUGAGGAAGACAAUCUUUCUCCAGCAGUACUGCAUACUUUUUAUUAUAUUACAAACCUAAGUGUUUUAUGUCCUGGAGUUAAGCAACAAACCACCUAGGAUUAUAGUAUUACAUGCCCUAAAAAUGAUGCUUUAUUGGUCCCAUGUUUUGUGCAAUUAUAAAGAGAUGGCUUUCUGUUAAGUGUAACUGUGUAUAUAGUUAAGAAUCGUAUUUUCCACAACUAAAAUGUGCAUUAUUUUUUUCAAAGUUUUAUUGUUGCUAUUUAUUUUUACUUUUGUUUCUGAACAUUGAAUACAUGUUCCUUUUAUAUGCUUAAUUACAUGUCUAUCAUGUACAAUGUUAAAUUUUUACUGUACAUUAACUUCUAGAAAAAGCAAAUAAGUGAAAUUUUAUUUGCUUGAUAAGGUAAUUGAAAGUGUAUUUUUGGUAUGAAGCUGGUUUUCUGUCACAAUUGUAUCUGCUCAGAUUUUAAAAAUCUUGUAAUAAAAUAAAAAUAUAUAUGAUGGCUGACAUUUCAGAUAUUACUUUUGAGAAAUUCUAUAUUCAAGUUAUAUUUUGAAAACUAAGAUUGUGUCUGUUAAGACCCUCAAGUUGAGCUCAUUAUAUUUAUUAGAAGUUACAUUUAGAAGACUAAUACUGUUUGUUUCCAUUAAGACUCUUUAAGACUGGGCUCACCUUGAGAGUGUGUAUGAGCAUUUUACACUGAAAAAGAAACUUUCUUUGUAUAAAUCAUUUAAAGAAACCUUGACUAAAUGAGAGCAGCUGUGUAUAGCAUGUCUAAGUUUGUGAAUAUUUAUGUAGCACUUAUUUCUGGAAUUUGCAAUUUUCCCCUUCCUUUUGGUCAGCUAUAUUCUUGCAAAAACCCAUAUUAUAUGGCUGUUAACUGGCUUAAUGGGAAAAUUAAUCAUAGAAUUAGUAAGAGAAACUUGCUUGCUAAGUUGAUUCUUUGAAAAUAUUUAACCUAAUAUUCACUCUUUAAGAAAAUAUUGCCAAGAUAAGACUGAAAAUGUGGCUAGCAAAUUUAAGAGAAGAACAACAUGGACCCACAUCGCAUAUAUUGAGGUACCUCUACCUCUUUUUUUUUGUUUGUUCAAUUUGUUAAAAGGCUAGUGUGGGAGGAGUGUGUUGCUUAAACCAGUUGUUUAAAGCUUUAAAACAAAAACAGUAUGAGGACAUAAACUAGAGUUGUCCACAGUACCUACACACAGGACCUCAGCAGAGACUACAAACUCAGUAAAAGCUAAAUGUUCACACAGCAAGGCCAGUGUGGCAUAUCGAUAUUUCCUUCAUUUGGCCUCAAUUCCUAAUGUGGGCAGGAGGCGCUGGUGACUGCCCAUGGUCUCAGACAGGUGACUUGUGGUAUUAUACGACCCGUUAGGUCAUUAUUUGACAUGGAGGAAUAAUCAAAGAUGAUACGUCCUGGUGGGUCUCACCACUGGCUGCAUUUUAGAAUCACUUGCAGAGUUCUUAGAAAUCCCAAUGUGAGGAUGCUCCCCAUACUAUAAGAGUUUUGAGGGUUGAACCAAUUGUCAGGCUUUUUUUUAAGGCCUCCCAAUAUACCAUCAGAGCCAAGAGCCAUUGAUAAAUACCCUCUAGUGAUGAGUGUUUGUAAGUGUUGAAAUCAAGUGGUUCCUGAAACCAACCCAGAAUCUGCAUGGCCACUUUCUCACCGGGGUAUGAGGUCAGGGAAAGGGAAGCAGAGCUGGUGCCCAAGUUAGAAAUGUAAAUAACAACAGAAUGGUAUAAUGUGAAAAGACUUCCCCACUGCUUCCCUGAAGGUGACCAGUAUUCUCUGUAUGUCCUUCCAGAAAAUAUUAGCUGCAUACAUAUACACAUUCAUAUAUAUGCAUUCAGUUUCUAUUAAAUUUUAUAUCUUUAUAUUUGAUUAUAUAUUUGUAUCAAAUCUAUAUAGGUAUUAAACCAUGUAAUUGGUAACAUUUCCAUAUUACUCUUUGAACAGCAUUUUUAAAUGACAUGAAUACACUCCCAGUGCUCCUUUAUUUCUUUCUGGAAAAAACACUACUGUGAAAUUAAUACCCACCACGCAUACUUUUUCAAGAAUAUCCAAUAUGUAAAUUCCUUGUAGUGAAUACUGAUUGAUCAAAGGGUAUAUGUUAAUUUUAAUAAAUGUUGCCAUCCAGAAAUCGUUGUACUUAAACUCCUAUGAAAAAUAAAUGUACAAGUGUGUUUUUUCCUA